UCUCCUCCUAGUGAACAAUUCAAGAUAUACACCCACAAAAAAAAAGUAGUUUAUUAAACCAAAAAAAUGAAGACAUUCAUUGCCAGAUGUCUCCUUCUAUUGGCCCUUGUAUGCAGCUGCUCCGCAGCAGAUUCAAUAUGGGACCUCUGCAACAAAAACUCAAACGUCUCAAGCAGCAGCCAAAUCUCCAAGAACAUCGAUUCUAUCCUCGCUACCCUCGUCUCAAAGACUCCUUCACAAGGCUUCGUUACAACAACUUCCUCAAGUUACAACAAGAAAGAUAAUGUCUACGGACUUGCUCAAUGCAGAGGUGACAUCAGCAAGACCGACUGCACCACCUGCAUCCAAGACGCUGCCAAGAAAAUCCGUGAAGUCUGUCCGAACCAAUCUGACGCAAGGAUCUUGUACGACUUCUGCUUCUUACGUUACAGCCAAGAGAAUUUCAUUGGGAAGCUAGACACGGGUGCUGGUCUCAUAUACUACAACGUCGCUAACGUAACCGAAACAGACCCCAAAACGUUCGAUAAUGAGCUUGGGAAACUCUUUGAUAAAAUUAGGUCUGAAGCGGUUUUGCCUGAGAGUCAAGGUUUAGGUAAAGGUAAGACAAAGCUGACACCGUUUGUGACACUAAACGGUUUGGUUCAGUGUACUAGGGACUUAAGCGCGUUAGAUUGCGCACAGUGUUUUGCAACUGCGGUCCAGAGCUUCAUGGGGGCUUGUCACAACAAGAAGGGAUGUCGCGUCUUGUAUAGUAGUUGCUAUGUCCGGUACGAGUUUUACCCGUUUUACUUCCCUCUUGAUCCGGCUAAGACCGGCACUAGUGUCGGUACUAUUUCUUCCGUUAGGCUCUGAUGAGGGCCAGAUAACACAUAUGUGUGCAAACCUUUUACAAUAAAAUGAUAAAUAAAAUCUCUUUCCUUGUUGCUUCUUUAACGUGUAAUGUAAGCAAAUUAUAAGUUGAAAAGCUAUUUGUGUUCUAGA